AUGCCUGGCUGGCCUUGGUCCAAACGCCCGAAAGUCUCCCGGGUUGGGCCAACAAACGGUGGCCACGCUGGAUCCGAAUACCAACACAAUGUCAGGACUAGCGUAGGAUUGCAGAGCCCCCCGUCAGUCCCUCUAUUUCCGGAUGGGGUUGAAGUGUUAUAUGAGUGCCCCGAAGCAGUUUUUGAUAUUUGCUUUAUCCAUGGUUUGACCGGAGAUCGGCGAACUACUUGGACUGCUCCCAAAAGUACGUGGACUGCAAAUACACAACCAGAGCCGUGGCCACAAGAAUUCCUCCCUGGCGAUAUCACCACUCGAGCUCGUAUAUUGACUUAUGGCUACGAUGCCUAUGUUUUGCGAUCAUCCGUCGCAUCAUCGAAUUGGCUGGGGGACCAUGCCACAAAUCUUUUGAAUAACUUGACAACAGAUAGAGCCUCUUGCAACGCAUCAUCGAGACCUUUGAUUUUCGUCGCACAUAGCCUAGGCGGCCUUGUCUGCAAGAAGGCCAUAAUGCUCUCUCGAAUUCACCCAGAUACCCAUCUCCGAGAACUGUUUACUUCUACAAAGGGCAUCAUAUUUAUGGGAACGCCUCAUAAGGGCUCGUGGCUAGCUGAUUGGUCCAAACUUAGCGUUGAGGCUUUGGGGAGUGUGAAGUCUACCAAUACGGGAUUGAUGAAGGUGCUAGAGACUAAGGAUCAAUUGCUAGAGUCCAUCCAGCUUGAGUUUAUGGGAAUGUUGCGUGAAUACAGGAACAUCAAAGUGACAUGUUUUUACGAGGAGUUGGCUACGACCGGGGUGGGAAAAGUGGUAUCCAAGCAAUCGGCGAUUCUAGAUGGGUAUAUCUCCAUCAGUAUCCAUGCCAAUCAUAGUGGUAUGGUGAAAUUUGCCUCCAAGGAAGAUAAUGGAUACAAAAGUUUGCUCGGUGAACUUCAGAGAUGGAUGAGUGAAAAUAGCGCCGAUCCGGGUCAGUCAGCUACUGGAACAGAUGAAAACAGAGAUUCGACAAUGGAAAGCUCGUCGUCUGAGUUUCACAACCACGGAAGCGGUACUAUAAUCACGAACAAUGGUUCGGGUAUUCAAUAUAACAACUCUGGCAGUGGUAAUAUGUUUAACGGUCCCAUCCACAGCUUACAACUUUCUUCACCACAACCCCGUUAA